AUGAAGAAUACGGCGCCCCAUGCGACAACUCUGGAGAGCAGCGAACGAACCUUGGAGCGCGGUGCCCCCGCUUCGCGUGCUAAGCCGCACCCCAAGAGUUGGCAGCUGCCGGCACAUGUAUCGCCACGCCGGGGUGGUGCGCGAGCGAAUAUCGUCGACACCGAAUCCGCGGGGUUUUCUGUAUCGUCUGCCUCCUUGCGAUACCCACACCAGCCAAGCCUGUGGGUCGAAACACCGCGUGUCCGUUGCGGCAGUCCUCGAGCUGCUGCCGAUCUGGUCCUGGACGCUGUGUCUCGCAGAAAUGCUGGCAUCUCCCUGGUCACCAUAGAGCGCGCUAGAACACCGCUCGAAUGA